CACGGCACGGGGCACAAGCAUGAGUCCAGGAAGCCCGGGGACGACACCACGGUGGCCCCAGAGGACGCCGCCCGCUUUCUGAGCUGCUACUGUUCGGGCCACUGUCCAGAGGACCACAAAAAUAACACCUGCGAGACGAAUGGCCAGUGUUUUGCCAUCAUCGAGGAGGACGAGAAUGGAGAAGCUAUUCUGACCUCUGGCUGCAUGAAGUAUGAAGGCUCACAUUUUCAAUGCAAGGAUUCGCCCAGGGCUCAGACAAGGCGAACGAUCGAAUGCUGCGAUACAGACUUCUGUAAUCGGGACCUGCAGCCCACAUUACCUCCCCCAAUGGACACUGGUUCCUACUUUGGCAGUGCCCAUUGGCUGGCUUUCCUUAUAUCAAUGACUGUGUGCUGCUGCACUCUCAUCUGCAUCACGGUAGUCUGUUACUACAGGUACAAGUGGCAGACGGAGAGGCAGCGGUACCACCGGGACCUGGAGCAGGACGAGGCCUUCAUCCCUGUGGGAGAGUCUCUCAAAGACCUCAUCAACCAGUCCCAGUCCUCUAGCAGUGGCUCUGGGCUCCCCCUGCUGGUGCAGCGUACCAUUGCCAAGCAGAUCCAGAUGGUACGCCAGAUCGGCAAGGGGCGCUACGGCGAGGUGUGGCUGGGCCGCUGGCGGGGAGAGAAGGUGGCCGUCAAGGUGUUCUUCACCCGGGAGGAGGCCAGCUGGUUCAGAGAGACUGAGAUUUACCAAACUGUGCUCAUGAGGCACGAGAACAUACUGG